UUUGACUUUCUUAUAAUCGUCGUGGAUAUCCAAGUAACCAUGGCUUCGACUACUACGCCAUCCGUCACCUCUUCUACCUCCACAGCCUGCAUCACCAUCUCGCCUGGCAAGCAUGGUUAUCUUCCACCAGAGUCCUGUGACGUGAUUCUUUACUAUGUUCCGUCCUUUGGGGCCGCCAUCCUAUUUUGUGUGCUCUAUGGGCUUGUCGCCAUGCUACACAUAUUUCAAGCCAUUAUAUAUAAAAAGCGUUAUGCUUGGGUGCUGAUCAUGGGUGCUGCGUGGGAACUACUGGCAUUUAUCUUUCGAGCUCUACAAACACGCCACCAGGAUAGCGAUAUCUACAGUACUCUCCAUGUUAUAUUUUUCCUCUUGGCACCUAUAUGGAUCAACGCUUUUAUCUACAUGACUUUAGGUCGAAUGAUCUAUUUCUUUAUCCCGGAACGCAAACUGGCGGGUAUCUCCGCCCGUCACUAUGGCAUCGUGUUUGUCACACUGGACAUCAUCGCAUUUCUGGUUCAGCUUGGCGGCGCCUCGCUUACAACAAAUACCGAUGCUGCACCAAAGACUGUGUUGCUCGGCUUGCAUAUCUACAUGGGUGGGAUUGGAAUGCAGGAGUUCUUCAUACUUUGGUUUUUUGGGCUCGCGAUUUACAUGCAUCAAAAAAUGAUUCGGAUGGAAGGCAAUGGACAAAUCGGCAUGGAAAAACUCCGGACAGGUCGAUUUUCUUGGAGAUGGCUUUUUUAUUCGACUUACUUUACAUUGAUCAUGAUCACUAUCCGAAUCAUUUUCCGCCUCGCUCAAUAUGCACAGGGAACAUCGGCAACUAAUCCGGUCCUCACUCAUGAAGAGUACGAAUAUGUUUUCGACGCAGCGCCCAUGUUCCUAGCUUUAGUUGCUUUGAACAUUUUCCACCCGGGUCAUGUCCUUCGGGGUCCUGAUUCAACUUUCCCAACACAAACCAGGGCCGAAAAGAAAGAGCUAAAAGCUCGGAAGAAGGCCUUCAAAAUGGAAAAGAAGAGGGAGAGGCAGUACGAAUCGCAAGGAGAAUCGGUCCCUGAAGCGACCGGGCAAGAGCAGGUUGAUGUUUCAAACCGGCACUAUCAGGUUUGA